AUGUCUAAACACUUUUCCAAUGCACACACCCGAGAGGAGAUUGACGACGGCAUUGUAAAGAAAGGAGACAUUUAUGCUGAACAUGGUAUACUGGCAACUUUAUUCAAUGAUCAUUGUAAUGUUUACAUCGUGUCCGCUUAUACGGAGUUUGCUUAUGAUGCGGAGCGUUUUAAGGAUCUGGUAGACGAGGACAUCAAUAUGUUACCAAAGCAGCCUUCCGCCAAAAUUGCAGUCAAAGCUAAGGAAGUCAAAUGUGACGUCCGCAUUGGUCACAGCCGCUGGGCUAUUUCCGGUCAAAACAAUCCUACAAACUUUGCAAGUUUUACAGAUAAAGACUACAUUGUGAUGGUAUGGUUACUUACCGGUGGCACGGACAGUGCGAAUCCGUUCCUUAAUGCCGCGAUUUCGAUGGUCCAAGAUAUAACGACUCGCAGAGAAGCUGGAAUCAAGAAACGUCACGAACAGGAAUCGGCAAUGCACGAUGCUUUGAUAUCUAAAUUGUAUGCUAUCGGUCGAGAUAAGAAACCAGAUAUGCAGUGUCUGACACUUCGACACGAACUUCAACUGAACUCGCCAACGACAAGCACGCUUUUGAAGAGAAGAUGGCAGCGUCACGUCAAGCUCACGAAACUAAUGCAGCUGUGA